UGAUAUUAAAUCGGCUAAAGUUACGCAACCAUCACCAUACCUGUACUUUCUGGAGCGAUGUGAAAACGGCUCACUAUCUCCUGGUUUUGGAUUAACGUUAGAGUUCUCACUACCAAUGAGAUAUGGCUUCAGAGUGUACAGCAAGCUGAACAAAAGUGGAUUUAAAGAUAGAAAAGCUUCACUCUCGCACUGCUAAUGCUGUCAUCUUCAGGUUCCCGUUUGGGUAUUAAUGAUGUCUGACAUCAAAGGAAAGAAGUACAGACUUGCAAUACGAAGGCUGAUUCUCUGGGUUUCAUUGAUCAACUUCAUGCUGGUGCUGUACUGCUUGACAAAACCAAUCCAAGUGAAGAUAAGGGGCUCCCAGGAAGACACGUGUCCUCUCAGUAAAGGCAGACUAUUGAAGAAAAAUUUGAGCAUGCCUUCUCAAAGCACAAAAUCCCAGUCAGAAGAGUGCUCCCCCAGAGUGAACCUCAUGUUCAUGAAGACCCAUAAAACUGCUAGUAGCACCGUACUAAACAUCCUCUUCAGAUUUGGAGAAAAGCACAAGCUUAAAUUUGCCUUCCCUGAUGGGCGCAAUGACUUUUUCUACCCAUCGCCUUUCUUGUGCUCCAAGGUGAGGGACUACAGGCCUGGAGACUGUUUCAACAUAGUUUGUAACCACAUGCGCUUUGACCAUCAGGAAGUAGCCAAGGUUCUGCCUCCAGAUGCUGCGUACUUCACCAUCUUACGCAACCCAGUGGAUCUCUUUGAGUCAUCCUUCCAUUAUUAUCAGAGAGAUGUUCCUCUCACAUGGAGGAUUGAUGGAGGGAACAAAGUGGUGAAGUUUCUGAACAAUCCUCAGUCCUUCUACAGCCCACAGGCGUACAACUCAUUCUAUCUUAAAAAUUUGCUCUUUUUUGACUUUGGUUUUGAUAACAACCUGGAGGCUGAUGAUCCUCUUGUAAUGAUGAAUAUUCACAGCUUAUCCAAACAAUUUGAUCUGGUUCUCAUAGCAGAAUAUUUUGAUGAGUCUCUUAUCCUGCUUAAGGAAACACUCUGUUGGACCACGGAGGACAUCCUGUAUUUUAAACUAAAUGGGUUCUACUCCCGCUACUUCCUGGUCAGGAAGAAGACGGGCGGUGAGAGGUCCAUCCUGGACCUGUCACUGUUCAACAGGGCGAUUAUGGUGAGACCUUUUCGCAUGUUAACAGUGAAACGGGUGAUGGAGUGUGUGCACCAGGGAGACUGGCUCUCCUCCAUCGACCUGAAGGAUGCGUACUUUCCUGUGCCCGUCAUUCCCGGACACAGGAAGUUUCUGUGUCCGGGAAUGACGGACACAAAGUUCUGCUUUUAA